AUGGAUCACUACGGGAAGCAUGACCCCGAGGUCAACGAGAGCUUGGAUGAGAAGCCCAUCGACUCGCAGCUCGAGCAAGCGCAGAUACUCGCCGACCUACCCGACCCUGACGCCGGGAAGUCGCUCGAAGAGCGUGCCGCCAUCGAUAAGAAGCUCAUGUGGAGAGUUGACAUCUGGCUGGUCCCCUGGCUCUCUCUUCUUUAUCUACUCUCGUUCCUCGACCGAACCAACAUUGGCAACGCCCGUCUUGCCGGCAUGGAAAAAGAUCUUCACAUGGAGGGCUCCGACUACAAUCUGUCGCUCACAAUCUUUUUUAUCAGCUACGCUGUCUUCGAGCCCGCGACCAACGCCCUUCUCAAACGCCUUACACCUCGCAUCUUCUUCACUGGCAUCAUCAUCACUUGGGGUACCAUCAUGACGCUCAUGGGCCUGUGCACCAACUUCUCCGGUCUGCUCGCUGCUCGAUGGUUCCUCGGUAUCGCUGAGGCUGGACUCUUCCCUGUCCGCACAGGUGUCAACUACUACCUUUCUUGCUGGUACAAGGGCUCCGAGAUCGGUGUUCGUUCUGCCGUCUUCUUCUCUGCCGCAGCCCUUGCUGGCUCUUUUGGUGGUCUCCUCGCCGCCGCCAUUGCCAAAAUGCAAGGUAUUGGCGGUAAGCCCGGCUGGGCUUGGAUUUUUAUUAUCGAGGGACUGGCCACGGUUUUCGUCGGCAUUUUCUGCUGGUGGAUGGUUUUCGACUGGCCCGAGAACGCUCGCUUCCUCUCCCCCGAUGACCGUAUUCGUGUCCAGCGCCGCCUCAUCGCUGACAAGCAGGGCCGUACCGCCGAGGAUUUUGACAAGCGUCACAUCUACGGUGCCAUGAAGGACUGGAAGACGUAUGGCUACAUGGUCAUCUACAUGGGGUGUCUUGUGCCCCUCUACGCCUUCUCCCUCUUCCUGCCCACCAUUCUCAACGCCAUGGGCCACACCGGAACCAAGGCCCAGCUGCUCUCUGUCCCGCCAUACGCCGUUGCUGCCGCCCUUACCGUCACCGUUGGUGUCAUUGCUGACCGUACCCGCUGGCGUGGAUACUGCAACGUUGCCACCGUCAUCAUUGGUAUCGUCGGCUUUGUCCUGCUCAUCGCAUCAAGCAACCCGCAGAUCCAGUACGCCGGUACCUUCCUCGGCGCAGCAGGCAUCUACCCAACCAUCUCUAAUACACUCUCUUGGGUUAUUAACAACACCGAGGGCUCCCUCAAGCGUGCUUUCGUGCUUGGUAUGGUCGUUGGCUGGGGUAACCUUAACGGUGUUGUCUCCUCCAACAUCUACCUCAAGCACGAGUCUCCCCGCUACUUCACUGGCCACGCCGUUGUCUUGGGCUACCAGAUCCUCUUCUUGCUCGGCGGCUCCAUUUUCAUGCAUUUUGCGCUCAGGAUAUCCAACAAGAAUAGGAGAGCUGGCAAGAUGGAUGCCAAGUGGGCUUCCAUGACUGACGAGCAGAAGUGGGUUGCUGGAGACAAGCGCCCCGAUUUCAUGUAUACUCUUUGA